AUGAAUAUGUCUACGUCAAAGGCCCAGAAUGGCCGGGAAACUCCUCAACCGGGUCCAUUUGGCUAUUCUUUCCUCUCUCCGAUGGAUACGCCGUAUGAACCCGCUCCCGCGCCGCCGCCUGGCCCAGCGCUCCUUGAUGAUAAUGAAUCCAAUAUGCUUGACAACUUUUUCACGACGAUGAACUCGAACAGUUUCUCGAACGAUUUUUGGAUGCGCAGUCAACAAAACAACAACAGUAACAACAAGUUAUUAGAACCCUACAGUUUCGAUUGGACAAACGAGCUUCCGCCGACUUUUGAAGGUUCGACAACUUCGCUCUCGCAACCGGUUUUUCCUCGUCAAGACAUUGAGAAGCCCAAUGGGCCUCCGUUGUCAAAUAAUACAGAUACCAGCUCGGAUAUACUUGCGGCUGCGUCCAUGCUUUAUGGGAAUGGGUUACAAGGAACUGGGCUUAAUCCUAUCUUUGACCAGCAAAGGCAGUUCUCAAAUGAGGGUCUGCCUGACUCUGGCAACAACCCUGGUUUCAACAUACAGCCUAGUCAUCACGAGCCAUCCGAGCAACCGAACGACAAUCCGCGUACAAAUCUACCCACUGGCUUUCAUACAUCAGAAAUGCUUUUUGAUACUCAUAAGCCAAUACCAGCUGAUCAACGGGCAUCGAAAGUGCGAACUCUUCACUGGGGCUCCGACAUCAGUUUCAUGGAUCGUGGUUACUUGGCGCCACCGGAUCAGCCCAAUGAGGAGGAACAAACUAAGGGUUUAUUGGAUAAUCUUCAAUGCCUUGAACCACAGAGCAGUGCGGCCAAUACUCGAGCACCUAGCCCAGAACGUACCGCUGGCGGUCUUGACGCUAGGACGGGGUCUACUAGCAACAUGCAGCAUUCAAGGAGCGCGUAUCAAGAUACGAUGGAUGAAGAUCCACAACCCAAGAAGAGACAGAAAACCCUUAUUAAAACAGAGGAAGAUAACUCGGAUGAAGAAAGCUUGAAGACAAGAAGGAGAUCAAAGAGUAGUGGGUAUACCAAACCACGCCGUGGCUCGAAUGAUUCAUUCCGUAAAUCGAAAGCAGGGGCUAAGGCAGCCAGAGAAAAUCUUUCAGAGGAGCAGAAACGGAAUAACCAUAUUUUAUCUGAGCAGAAACGUCGAAACCUCAUCAGGCAGGGCUUCGAUGAUAUGUGCUCGCUUGUCCCUGGGCUAAGAGGUGGCGGCUUUAGCAAAAGCGCCAUGCUCACACAAGCUGCUGACUGGCUAGAGGAUAUGAUGCGUGGAAAUGAAAUCCUCAAAGGACAGUUGGUAGACUUAAAGAACACGAACGGCGGCUUCGUAACACCCCGGUGA